UGAGCUACAGCCAGAGACUGCCUCAGCUAUAGCCAGAGACUGCCUCAGCUACAGCCAGCGCCUGUCUCUGAGUGAAGCCACGGGGCCAUGGCGAGUGCGGCUCCCAGUGGUAGCGAAGCUCCAGGGGAGUUGACCUGCCCCAUCUGCCUGGACGCCUUCCGCUGCCCCUGCACGCUCAGCUGCGGUCACUCGUUCUGCCUCGAGUGCGUGGAGGGCGCCUGGGAUGCGGCCGAGUGCUUCUCCUGCCCGCAGUGCCGAGUGACCUUCCCUCGGAGGCCCAAGCUGAACAAGAACUUCACGCUCGCCAACCUGGUGGAGCAGCGCAGUGCCGCAGAUGAAUUGGCCACCGUGGUCUUGUGUGACUUCUGCAACGAUGGCACGACUGCUGCCUCGAAGACCUGCCUCAGGUGUGAUAUGUCGUACUGUGCGACUCACGUAAAGCCUCAUCAGGAAAACCUGAAGUUCAGGGACCACAUUCUGGUGGAUCCAGGCACGAAUCUGGAAGACCGCAAGUGCAAGACGCACAGAAAGGAGCUGGAGUUUUGCUGCCGACAGGACAAGAGCUUGGUCUGCACAACCUGCAUCAUCGCAGGAGACCACAAGGGUCACGAUCUGGCUACGCUGGAGGAUGAGCACAAGACACGGGAGAAACAAGUGGGAGAUGAGACGCGGGCUGUGGAGGAGAAGAGGAGGGAGGCGGAGGAGUCCGUGAGGCGGAUGGAGGCCGCUCGCAGGGACGUGCAGGGAUCCAUGACAGAUGAAAAGGCCUCAAUCUCGGUCAGAUUCACCCGCGCGAGAGCAGCGUUGGAAGCGGAGGAGAAGGCGGCUUUAGAGCAAGCGGAGCAGAAAGGGCACAAGCUGCUGUCCCUGAUCGAGAAGAAGAUCGCUCACUGCCAGCACGAGAUCAGCGAGCUCCAGGCAGCAGCCACUCGCCUGCAGGCCCUAGCGAAGGAGAGGGACUCGCUCACAUUCCUGCAGGGGCACCUGGAGGAGACGCGCAGGACAGGGAGGGUUACAGCAGCUCCACCCUCAGCUCCCAGCCAAGAGGACAUUGCCUCGCUUAAAGUCCUGGAGACAACUGCAGUCAAACUCCUGUACGGACGCUCACCGACUCUGGACACAAACUCAGCUCAUAACAAACUGCAGAUCUCCUCGGAUCUCAGGACGAUGACGCGGACCCGUGACUCCCAGGGUCGCCCCGAUCACCCACACCGGUUUGAUUGCUGUGCACAAGCCCUGUGCUGUGAGAGCUUCUCGUCGGGCCACCACUACUGGGAGGUGGACGUGGGGGGCGUGCGGCGGUGGUGUGUUGGAGUCGCAUACGGGACAAUCCCACGGAAAGGGGGUGGUGCUGCACAGCUGCUGGGAGGGAGCGACGCGUCCUGGUGUUUAGAGAAACGUGGCGACAGCUUCUCAGUGGUUCAUGGUGGAGUGGAGACUGCACUGUCGGUGAGGGGGGCCCCCUCCCCCCGCAGAAUCGGGCUUCACCUGCACUGGGAGGGGGGGCUCCUGGCGUUUUACCGCGCCGACUCCAUGGAGGUGAUCCACGAGGUUCGGCAGAGAUUCUUGCAGCCUCUCUACCCUGCGAUGUGGGUGGAUAAUUUUAAUGAAUCAUUGAAGAUCGUGGAUCUGAGUCGUGCAUCCUGAGGAUGAUGAGAGAUAGAAAUCCAAUAAAUGGUGGAGAUGGGGAUGGUGAGGAGAGGGUGAAGUGAGGGUGAGGGGAAGGUGGAACGGAGGGUGAGGUUAGGUUCAAGUUCAUGUAUUAGGUGUAGCCCUGUGAGCCAUUCGGCUCUUGAAUCGGGUGCAACCGCAACAAAAAAAAAGAAAAAAAUUAACCAAAACAUCUUAAAGUGAAUAUGUGACUGAGUGCAAACAGAAAUCUGAGAAAAGACAACAAAAUAUUGCAGAAAAAAAUCACCGUACACCAACGCUGUGUGUAAAAAUCCCAGUGGGAUGCAAGUCAAACAACCAACAACAACCACAAGACAACUUAGAUUAAGGCCGUCAGUCUAACUCUGUACUACAACAAACAAACGUGGCUAACCCAAUAUACUUUUCGAAAUCACCAAAAUAAAGCCAUGAAAGCAAUGAAACAGUGAUCAUAGGAACUGACGGAAUUUUCACAAUAAAUGACAUAAACAACAUGUAACCCAAUAAACGGUGGAGAAGCGGGAUGGUGAGGAGAGGGCGAAGUGAGGGUGAGG